AUGCCUCAACAGCAUCAUCAGCAUCAACAACAGCAUCAACAGCCCUAUUACUAUGACAGAUAUACCCAGGGAGUUCAGCAUAUGCCUUUGCCGUAUCAGGGACAGGGUCAGAUGAGUCAGCAGCAGCAGCAGCAGCAGCAGCAAAUGAGUCAGCAAGUUCCUCCUCAACAAGUGCCUUCUCAACAGGUGCCUCAUCAACUGCCUCCGCAACAUCAAAUGAGCCAGCAACAGGUGCCACCACAACAGAUGCCUCCACAACAGAUACCUCCUCAACAGGUUCCACCAUCUCUUCCGCCACUGCGAAAACAAGAAUAUAUCCCCCAACCCCCCCAGAUACCUCAGAGCCCGGUGACGGCCACGUCGCAUCUGCUGCCGAUUGGAAACACGGUGGUGGACUCGCUGAUGCUCAUUAUCCAGGCCCAGGAGCUGGACCAGCAGAAGAUUGCUAAGGGCGAGAAGCUGGACGCCAACGGGGACGAAAUCGCAUCGCUGCUGCCGCCGGUGGGGCUGGUGAACGGCGGGGUGGGCAAGAAGAAGGGGGGACCGGACCUCAAACACAAGUGCGACUUCCCGGGCUGCGACAAGAGCUUCCACCAGAAAACACAUCUCAACAUCCACAAACGAUCCCAUACUGGCGACAAGCCGUACCAAUGUGACGUUCCGGGCUGCGGCAAGCGAUUCACCCAGCGUGGCAACCUGCGCACCCACAAGCGGUCGCACACGGGCGAAAAGCCGUUUGUUUGCGAACACUACAAUUGCGGCAAACAGUUUGCCCAGAGAGGCAACUACCGCGCCCAUAAACUGGUGCACGAGAACCACCGACCGUUUGUGUGUCGUCUGGACUCGUGCGGAAAGACCUUCACCCAGCUCGGAAACCUCAAGGCCCACCAAAACAAGUUCCACGCAGACACUCUUCAGCUACUGGCAUCACGGUUUAAAUACUACAGCAAACAAAUGCGCGAGGGCGGACCCGGCAUGAUCCCGCCCGAGGAGCUCGACAUGAUCAAGUACUUUGGAGAGUUGUACAAGAACGCCAACCGCGGCAUCAAGGGUCGGGGAAAAGACUCAGUCAAGAGUCAGAUGAGUCCCGAGCCGUUGGGGUCGGCCCAUGUGACUCCUCUGUCGACUCCGGCGUCCGUUUCGCACACCCUGCCUCCUCUGGAGACCCCCAACAACAAUUACUCCAUCACCAAGGUCAAGGACUCUAGUUUGGCCCAUCCCACCCAAGCCCAGCAGUACCAGCCUCGACAGCAGCCGUUUCCGCCCAUGCAACAGUAUCCUCAGCAGCAGAAUCAGCAGCAGAAUUUCAACAUGUUGUAUCAGGAGCUGGCCACUAUGAAUACUAACUGGGGACAUAAUCAGUAG